UUCCUUUCCCCAGUUCUGAGCUGUAAAGACGUGAAAGGCGCUGACAAAAAAAAUAUAGUAAUAGAAUAAGUUACUUUUAAAUAAAGUUUUGGAGUAAAUAAUAAUUGUGAGCGAUGUCGCUUUUCGACAAUCCCGACCAGCUGCGGCAGCUGCAAAGUUUAUUGUGUCCCACACGCAGGCGGGGAGGAGUCGACUGCAGCAGCAGCAGCAGCGAAGAUGAGGAAUCGCUGGUGGUGAAAAGGCAAACACCCGGCAGCAUYGGACCACCAGCAGCCGGUGACGCUGCCAAGGCGCGUAAGAAGGGCAAGGUUAACCUGGUGGCAACGCCCCUGGUUGAGCCAGAAAAGGCGCAGCCCCGCACGCUUGAGGAGUGGCAGGAGGCGCAGGAGCGGGAGGAUGCCGACAUCUUGGAGUCGCGCAAGUGCCCAGAGUACACGAUGACCUACCGGCAGGCCGUUGGCACUGAGGACGUAUUUCUGCAGAUGGGCCAACGCACAGCAGCCUCGGCGAGCUGUGAAGAUCUCGUUCUAGAGAUUGCGUUGCCCGGCGAGCAAAUGGCCGUUGACAAAAUGAGCCUGACGCUGCACGAGCAGGAACUGGACCUGGGCACCACCCUGUACAGGCUCAAGCUCCCGCUGCCCCACCCCGUGGACGUCGAUCGAUGUCAGGCCAAAUUCGACAGGGAGCUGGGCAGGCUGCGGCUCACAUUGAGAUUGCGCCGUGAACUAGAUUAUGUUAACUUUUAAUUUUUCACCUCAACUUCUGCCACACACUGUUCGAUUACACCGAAUACACUUUCUUGCAAACCUUCACUUUUGAGAACUAUCGCCGACUUUUUGCAUACCAACAAAUUUU